UAUCGAGCACUAAAAAACAUAUGUAUAAUUUUUAGAAUAUCCUAUUAAAAAUAAUUCAGCAUGCCGCCUAAAAAAGAUACAAAAGGUGGAAAGGAUGCGAAAGGUGGCGGUGGCAAAAAGCCGGCAGCCGAAGACAAAGGAGCCGGUAAGGAAAAGAAAGGUGGCAAUGCGGUUAAGGUGCGACACAUACUCUGUGAGAAGCAGAGCAAGAUUAUGGAAGCUAUGGAGAAAUUGAAGGCUGGACAAAAGUUUCCUGAGGUGGCGACAGCCUACAGUGAAGACAAGGCACGACAGGGUGGCGAUUUGGGUUGGCAAAUACGUGGCGCGAUGGUUGGACCCUUCCAGGACGCAGCCUUUGCACUGCCUAUCUCUACUGUCAACAAUCCCGUUUACACAGAUCCACCGAUUAAAACGAAAUUUGGUUAUCACAUAAUAAUGGUUGAAGGCAAGAAAUAAAUGCAGGCUUUAUAAAUCAAA